UAAUGGCUCUCUCAAAUUUGAGAGAAGUGUAUCUCUUUGACAACAAUUUGUCUGCACAAAUUUCGGCAGACAUUGGCCAAUUGAGGAGCUUAUCUAUCUUGGAUUUUAGCGACAAUCAGCUUCACGGCACAAUUCCCGACGGAGUCUCCAAUCUCACCUAUUUGAAUACUCUGUUUUUGUUUAGCAAUCGGCUGACCGGAGAGAUACCUGCUGAGCUCGGCAAGCUACGGUGCUUGAGCUACUUGAAGCUGUUUGGCAACAAGCUCAAUGGAUGGUUGCCCCCGACUUUGGGUACAUUCUCCAAUAUCAUUCUUGUUGAUGUGGUGGGAAAUGAAUUGGAAGGCCCUCUGCCAAAGAAUCUGUGUCGGGGAGGAGCGCUAUAUAGCUUUCAUGGCACUUCAAAUAAUUUCAACGGUAGUCUGCCUUCGUCCUUCGAAUACUGUAAAUCUCUAGUGCUUCUCCACGUCGACAACAACCAGUUGAGCGGUGAGAUUCCUCCUGGGCUCUGGGGUGCUUCCAAUCUCAAGGAAUUGUCUCUCAGCAACAAUACGUUUGAAGGCCAGAUUUCAGCUGCAAUCGGUGAAGCGAGGAAUCUGAGUUCGUUGGAGAUAAGCAACAAUCGGUUCGAAGGAAGAAUGCCUGCACAACUUGGACAGCUGAUAAAUCUUCAAGUGUUUCAAGCCAGAAACAACCGUUUGUUAGGCCCAAUUCCCCACGAGCUCGGGGCCUUAAGUUUGGUCAGUACUCUCCAGCUGGACCAUAAUUUUCUGUCAGGAGAAAUUCCCGAGGAAAUAACAUUGCUAAAGAAACUCAGUCAGCUCAAUUUGGGUAACAAUCGACUUACAGGCGAAAUCCCUGCAGCUCUAAACGGCAUGAUGAACAGUCUUGAUCUCUCAAACAAUUUCCUUUCUGGCGGAAUUCCGCCCAAGCUAGGAAACCUGAAGCUGACUGUUUUCAAUGUCUCCAACAAUGACUUGUCUGGAUGCAUUCCUGACGCUCUCGACAUUCUGGCUUACAAGGAGGGUUUUCUAGGCAAUCCGAAGCUAUGCGGAGGUCAGAAUUUGAUGCUACCACCGUGUUCCUCUCCUCAUAAGUUGUCACCUCAGAGUUUAGCUACCAUUCUGGUACCGGUUUUGACCGUCACGUUGUGCUCCAUUUGUCUGUGUUGCUUGUUUUUCAGGAAGCGAAGCAGGACGCCAUCGUGGAAAUUAACUCAAUUCCACCAAAUAGAUGUGGACGAAUCAUACAUCUUCCACAACUUGAAGGAGGCUAAAGUGAUUGGAUCCGGAGGUGCUGGAAAAGUUUACAAGGUCUUUCUCCCCAAUGGGAAAGCAGUAGCCGUUAAGAAGAUCGGAAACAUGAGCAGAUCAACAGGAAGAUUCAAGAGAAUAGGUGAGCAAGAAGAUAAUAAAAUUGUGGAAGUGGAAGUGGAAGUGGAAGUAGAUACGUUGGGACUCAUCCGGCACACCAACAUCUUGAAGCUUCUCUGUUGCAUUUCAAGUGAAGAGUCCGAUUUCAAGCUGUUGGUAUACGAGUUCAUGCCCAACGGCAGCUUGUUCGACCAUCUGCAUGGUGGCCCAGGACCACAAAUGGCGCUGCCAUGGCCAAUGCGUUAUAAGAUCGCUCUUGGAGCAGCUCGUGGGCUGAGUUAUAUGCAUCAUGAUUGCUACCCUCCAAUAUUGCACAGGGAUGUGAAGUCUCGCAACAUCUUGCUGGACGAGGAUUCUAUGGCUAAGAUUGCAGAUUUUGGCGUAUCGAGGGUGCUUGAUAUGUUGGGCGAAGAGUAUACGGUGUCUAGUUAUGUAGGGUCGCACGGAUAUAUAGCCCCUGAAUAUGUGGAGAAGCUAAGGGUGAAUGAGAAAAGUGACGUAUAUAGCUUCGGGGUGGUAGUGUUAGAGCUGGUGAGCGGGAGGAAAGCCAAUGGUGAGGUGGAGCCCAGAGAGAGCGUGGACUUCGUGCGUUGGAUAUGGUCUAAAAUUUCGACAGAUGGAGGAGAGAUGGUAGUGGUAGAUGAGCGUGCUGUAGAGGAUAAUUGUGUGGAACAAAUGUUACGCGUCUUACGGGUGGGUUUGAUUUGCACGAACAGAGAGCCAAACCGUCGGCCUUGUAUGAGAAAAGUGGUGCAGAUGUUAGAGGAAUGCGGUAGGGAGACGUGAUAAAGUAGAAUCUUAACGUCUGGAAAGUGUUUCAAGUAAACAUUUUGAGAAAAUGUUCAGGAGAAAGAGCCUUCUAGUGGAGUAUUUUAAUUUUGCAUGUAGAUAUUUAUAAACAUUUUCACUUUUGUACAAGCUGUUUAUUUGUCCUGUUUUCUAUUUCAAAAAUUUGAU